AUGGAAAGAUUAUUGUUUGUUGUCUCAAAACUCUAUGCACCAAGAUUGGAUAUAUUGCUCCUUUUUGAGUGCUCUCAAGUUAUUAUAAAUCAACUCCACCAUCCUUUCAUAGUAAUUGUCAUCAUAGUUAAUGAAUUGAUGUAUUACAUCGAAAACUUAAUAGAUGUGACCGAUUUGACAUGUUUAAUAUAUCCCGUGAAUAGUUAA